AUGAUGCUUCUUCGCAGCGCUAUUUCGACCCGUGCCUUUCGUCAUUCAUACGUCACCUUGCUUGUCAUCUUUUACAUACACCACCUUUUCGUAGCUGCCGCUGCUAAGUGCAAGGGGACCAUUAAUUACACCGUCUCGUUUACCUACGAAUGGACUCUUCAGAAUGAUCCCGGCCAACCCCCCGAGGAACCCGUCGGGUUUGGACGCAUGCAUUGCGCCUCUCACAACGACAAGUACGUCAUGUGGAAACCGCAAAGAACUGCCUCACCCGCUAUCCAAAAAUUUGUUGACCAGGACGACGACAAUUCUGAUGAGAAACUUCGGAAUGAGAUCGAACCCGACAAAGACAAUAUCUUAAGCUACAAUGCCUCAAUCAGGGAUAUGGUGGUAAACGACGAGUCUGAAGAUCUCAUUCUUAAGAUCUCAGCAGACUUUUCACUCAUCAGCUGUAUUGCCCAACUUGUUCCGAGCCCCGGAUGGUUUGUUGGCAUACAUAGCAGGGACAUGUGCAACGAAACGGAUGAGGCUAGCGAGUUUGUCAGAAUCGAUUCUCGCGCCCUUGUCGGAUGGAUAUCAGGUCGGUACAAUGACACAGAGUACUUUGUCGAAGAAUAUACAGAGGCUGAUCCACCAAUGGAAAUCACCCAAGUUACGGGGAAGCUGGAGCAGUAUGGUGAAGUGAAUAUCAGAAGCGACGAUUUUAAGGAGUCCCAAGAGUCGAUGAGAGCGUGUUUCCCGGCCGGAGAGCUAGUUACUAUGGCCGAUGGGAGUCGCCAACCUAUAGAAAGCAUAUCGCGGAAUGAUGCUGUAGCUUCAACCGACCUAGAAACGCCGAGUGAAAUCUUCAUGCACUCACACGCGGAUCCGCAUGCCGUGGCGAGUUUUGUGCACGUUCAAUAUGCUGACGGCGAGAAAACAGGAAACUUGCGUGUGUCACCUGGACAUUACGUGUAUCGCCGAGGACAGGAUUCUAUGCCGAUGCUCCUCAAGGCCGCCGAUAUUGCCGUCGGUGACUUUCUCAUCGGGGCAGAUAGGUUGCCGAAACGCGUGGUACAAGUGUCUAGUGUGACAGGCAGUGGGCUUUUCAAUCCCCAUUCCUUGAAUGGAGACCUCAUAGUCAGUGGUGUGCGGGUUUCGUGCUUCACAACCGCGGUCAAACCACUGGUGGCAAGCUCGGCCAUGGCUCCGUUGCGUCUGCUGCACCGAAUUGGUUCGUACCGACUACAGGACCUGUUGUCAUGGAAGAUUUUCGAUUACGUCCGUAGCGGCUCUACUUACCCUGGAGAAUUGUAACGAAAAUAUCAUGGUUUUGCAAGUCUGUACAACUUUUGCGGACACCAGACCAGCCGCAUCACUGCUUUGAAGUCACGUCCAAGACGAUAAUGAAAUUCUUUGCUUUGAGGUUUCAGAUACUUUCGGUUGCUCGAACCAUAGCUCUUGCAUCUUAAUGCUUCGCCCAUCUAUCUCUCUCUGACUAACGCGCGGCAUAGUGCCACAAGAACGGUUAUAAUUUAUCUACCCGCGAAAGCGUCAAGCGGGAGUCUGAUUUCCAAGUUGAGAGGCAGCUAAGGCGAGAGGCGGAACACGAGGACGCCUUCAUAUGAGAGUGACUUCCGCGCAGGCAUAAAAUCAGGAGCAUGUCUUGGUUCGGAUGUGGAGGGAUGUUUGGCAGGUGUCUACGACUGCACUGCCAACAACAAGUUUAGUGAAGUGUCCACAACUGCGAUUAGUCUCACAUAGGAGGGACGAGUCUCUCUGUUCUAAAAUUGCACGGUUGGAACGUGUUCCAACCAUGCAGCCUGCAUUACUAA